AUGCAAAGGCCACGAACACUUAAAGAAAUUAAACGUAUUAAAAAUAUUAAAACAAGUCCAACAACAAUGAAUAAUAGCCCACUUCGUGCCUUACCACUUAGUCCAUCUGUUCCAUCAAAUAUUGACAAUCAUAUGAAAGAAGAGGAAACAGCUACACUUUCAUCUACAUGUUCAAGUACAUCAACGAGUGCAAAUAGUACAUCAAGUAGUGGUUAUUUUAGUAAUAGUUCAACAAAUCAUCCACGUCAUAUUCAAACACCUACAUCAUCAUCAUAUCCACUUAAAUCAUGUUUAAAACGAGCUAAAACUGAAGAUUUAACAAGUACACCAUUAGCGAGUACGCCAUCAACAACGGCGAAUGUGCUUGCAGUUGGAACUGCUGGUGAUAUAUUUACAUUAGCUGCACAAAAAUUAGCGGCUACACUCGGUGAUCAUAGUUUAAAAGCAGCACGACAUCGACGUUAUUCCGCACCAACUAUUUCAUGGCGUCAACAAAAUUAUUCUAUGCAGUUACGUACACGACAAAAAGGAUGUACAUUAUCUGAACAUGAUCUUCGUGCAAAGAAAAGUGUUAGUUUUUGUGAUGAUAUUGCUCGAAGACUUAUAACACCAUCGGCUAGUCCUAAACAUCGACCAACACCACCACCAAUUACAAGACCAUUUAGACAUGAUCGAGAUUAUUGUGAUUUAGUACCACGAGAAAGUUUAACAGAUAGUCCACCGUGUGAAUUUAAUUUAUCUGACGAUGAUCAUGAUGAUAAUAAUGAACAACAACCAAUGAAUUUUAUCGAACAUGCACCAUCAGAAUUAGCAAAACCAUUACCGGUUAAAUAUGGAAGUGAUAAAUAUCUUGUUGAUGCAUUUGCAAAUACAGUUCUUCAUGUAUUAGAAAUUAAAUGUGGUGAUCCUCAAUCUUAUUAUUUAAAUAAUAUAACUAACCGAGAACUUGAUCGAACACUUCGUCAAGAUUUAUGUCCAUUAUUACGUGAAGUACUUGAAGAUGGUUUACGACAAUAUAGUGGUUCUUUAUUUUCAAAAAAAGUCAAUUUAUGGCGUUUAAUUGAUUUAACAACACCAACAACGGACCGUUUGAAUGAAGCUAAAACUAAAGCACAAUUAGGACUACCCUCAACAGCUGAUUGGAUUGAAAAAUUCAAUGCAUUUAUUUAUCAUUUACUCAAUCUUCAUGAACUUGCAUCAUGGCUAUCACAUUUCAUAUCCCAUCGUGCAACAUUUACUGGAUAUUAUGAAUCAUGGGCAUUCAUACUUGUACAUGCAGAUAAUGAUCUAUUUGAACGUAUUACAAAUCAAUUAGAAAAACUAUCACCCUUACCCUUUCGUCUUAAAUAUAUUCAUUCAUCAAAUGUUAUUCCAGCAGCAAGAACACCAUCAACUACUACAACAGCAAAUCAACGUCCUACUUCAUUAUUACCAAAACGUUUCAAUGUUCGAGCUUGGUUACGUGAUCGUAAAACUCAAGUCAAAAUUUCACCAAAAGAACCACAAGUUCCUACUCCUCCUUCAUCAACAUCAUCAUCAAUAAAUAAACUGAAUUCAUCGUCUACAAAUCUACCAUCAAAACCAGUAUCAUCUGUGGCAACGAAGCCAUCAGCAGCCGUAACAUCAGUACCACAACCACCAAAUGUUUCUGUACGGCGUAAACUUGGCUCAAUUCCAGUACCUAAACGACAUCAAACAGUGCAUUAA